AGGCUCUGGCAACCAGAACCAGUUGGCGUGGGGUGAGGUUUGGCAGGGAAGUGUUGCAACUAUCAUGGAGUGCCCGUUGCCAGAGAUGCCGAUGCCGCAGGCAGAGACAGAAGGUAGACAUAUCUUUAGAUAUGCAGUUUGAUUUUGACUAGGAUAUUCUGAAUACGUCAGUUAUGAAUUCCUUCAUAUGAGUUAUUUUUAUCGUUGAUACGAUACGUUUUCUCUACUCCAGGUAUGUUUCAGCGAAACGAAGGGACUUUUUUGGCAGAGCGGCGAAUGAAGCAAGAUGCAGAGGAUUCGG